AGUGUCAGAAUGAAUUUGUGAUAAUGAUAUUGUUAACAUACUAAUCGUUAAUUACUGUUUAUACUUGUUAAUAGUUUGAGUGUUAUCAAGAAGCGUCUACACUUGCAAAGUUAUAAAAAGUAUAGUAAAUAAUUAAUUGAGUAAUAAAAUAAUGGCUUUCUCCAACAAGAGCUUUCCCACUCUCAAAAAUGAUAGACUGAUAAGAGCAGCUCUUGGCAAAGAAGUAGAUAAAGUACCCGUAUGGGUAAUGAGGCAAGCUGGACGAUAUCUACCAGAAUUUCAAGCAGUGAGAGCUCGACAUGAUUUUUUCACUGUUUGUCAAACUCCUGAAUUAGCUUGUGAGGUCACACUGCAACCAUUAAGGCGUUAUGAACAUUUGGAUGCUUCUAUUAUAUUCAGUGAUAUACUAGUAAUUCCACAAGCUCUUGGUAUGACGGUGGAAAUGCACCCUGGUUUGGGCCCAGUGUUUCCAAAACCUUUACAAGAUCCCUCUGAACUAGACGAGUUAAAAGAAAAUGGAGCUAUUUCUAGAUUAGAUUAUGUAGGUAAAGCCAUUACUCUAACAAGGCACAGAUUAGAAGGAAAGGUUCCUUUGAUUGGAUUUACAGGAGCACCGUUCACUUUAAUGGGAUAUAUGAUAGAAGGAGGUGGGAGUAAAACAAUGUCAAAAACCAAAGACUGGUUGGAGAAAUAUCCAAAGGAUGUUCACAGGCUUCUUAGUUUGUUAACAAGGGUUAUUAUUGACUACUUAGUAAUGCAGGUAGAAAGCGGUGCACAACUAUUACAAGUGUUUGAAUCCAGUGCUGAUCACCUCACAAGAGAGCAGUUUAUUGAAGUAUCGUCUCCAUAUCUUAAGGAUAUACGAAAUGGAGUUCAAAAGAAACUGGAAGAGAAGAAACUAGAACAAGUUCCUAUGACAAUUUUUGCUAAAGGUGGUGGCCAUUCAUUAGAUAUUCAGGCCAAAUUAGGCUAUGAAACCAUUGGUUUAGACUGGACUGUUGAUCCGAUUGAAGCAAGGGAAAUCGUCGGAUCAGAUAUUACUUUGCAGGGAAAUCUUAAUCCACAAGAUUUGUAUCGGACACCAGAAGAAAUUAGAAAACUGACAAUAGAUAUGGUUAAAAAGUUUGGCAAACAUAGAUACAUAGCUAACCUAGGUCACGGAAUUACACCCCAAACUCCAUUAGAAAGUAUGACUGCAUUUACUGAAGCUGUACAUGAAGCAAUAUGAAAUUUGUAUAAAAAAAAAUUAUGUUGUAAUGUAUUAUACAAACAACAUUGUUUGCAAAUACAUGGGAUACUUUAAUACACAAAAUUGUUAUAUUUUACAUAUUAUAUGGUAAUUUACAUGGAAUAAGUAUUUUUUGAGUUUUGGCUUGUGGCUGGCAUAUCCUCAUCAUGGCUUCCUGCUGAUUUUUUGACAUACUGGAAUAAUAAAAAACAUACUAUAAUUGCAUUCCUUAAUUUUAAUAAGCUUGUGUAUAUAUCGUAGCUCGUUAAUUGAAAGGCUAAAUAUUCACACAAGGAUUCAAAAAUGUCUAAAAAAUUAGCUAAAUUGCUAACAAAAGUGUUGGUCUAUCUAUAUUUAACUAUUUGACUGAUUCAACAAAUUCUUACUAUAUUUUAUAGUUUGCAAGAGUGACGAGUUUAUUAAGGUGAAAGGUGUUAUCAAUUCAAUUAUUUUACAAUAAAUAGAGAGGAGUCCUGUAAGAUUUAUAUUUUAUGAUUUUUUCAAAGAAUUAAAAAUAAUAAAUGUUUGAUUGUUUUGAAUUCAAUUAUUUUACAGUAGAUAUAAGGGUCCUAAAAGGUAAAAGUUAUAUUUUAUGUUUUUUUUAUAG